AUGCGUACUGACCUGUCACAUUCCACCGUGCUGUUCUUUGGUGUAGGUCCUAGGGAUGCAUCUCCUGAUGAAGGAGUAGUAGAAGAUCUGCCUUUAAUAGAUGAGAAAGCUGUGGAGCAGCUAACUGAAGGGUUGAUUUCUCAUUAUCUGCCUGAUCUUCAGCGAUCAAAAUCAGCACUACAGGAACUUACACAGAACCAAGUGGUAUUACUAGAAACGUUAGAACAAGAAAUUUCAAAAUUCAAAGAGUGUAACUCCAUUCUUGAUAUCAAUGCUUUGUUUUCAGAAGCUAAACACUAUCACAACAAGUUAGUGAAUAUUAGAAAUGAGAUGAUGAUGCUUCAUGAGAAGACAUCAAAAUUGAAAAAGAGAGCACUUAAGCUGCAACAGAAGAGGCAGAAGGAAGAACUGGAACGAGAACAGCAACGUGAGAAGGAGCUUGAAAGAGAGAAGCAGUUAACAGCCAAACCUGCUAGGAGGACGUGAAAGUAGAGCGUGCUACAACUUGUCCGAAUUAAUGCUUUCUGCAUUCUCUGGAAUUAAGGCAGACAUUGCUUAAACUGGGCUAUAACUGUUGCUAGCAACAGUCUGCUCUAUGGUAUUAUAAAUUCCAGAAUGCUAGUAGUUGGGUUGGUAACAUUCAGAUUUUUUUUGUUUUGGCCAUUCAAGUUGCCUUCUUUUGUAAUGCUGUCCUGUUUGAUACUGUUAUAAUGUAAGUUAAUUUUUCUUUUUUAAUAUACGCAUACAGGAGAACUUAGGCAUCAAAGUUUUAAAUACCUAUCCAUAUUUUUUUCCUCUGUUCUUCUGGUGUUUAGAAGUCUGAGAUAUGUUUGGUGACUGGCAUAUAUGUUUUUCAGACAAAAUGCAGGGUACUGGUUAAAGUUUAGUUCUGAUCACCGGACUUCAGUGGUCACCU